ACUAAGAUACUCAGUUCCAAGUUUGGAGCUUUUAGCUGCCAGCCCUGGCCCAUCAUGUAGCUGCAGCACAGCCUUCCCUAACGUUGCAACUGGAAGGAAAAUCACUUUCCAGUCUGUUUUGCAAGGUGUGCAUUUCCAUCUUGAUUCCCUGAAACUCCAUCUGCUGCAUCGGUCAAGAGAAACUCCACUUGCAUGAAGAUUGCACGCCUUCAGUUUGCAUCUUUGUUGCAAAACUAGCUACAGAAGAGAAGCAAGGCAAAGUCUUUUGUGCUUCCCCUCCCCCAUCAAAGGCAAAGGGGAAAAUGUCUCAGUCGAAAGGCAAGAAGAAAAAUCCUGGCCUUAAAAUUCCGAAAGAAGCAUUUGAGCAGCCUCAGACCAGUUCCACGCCUCCUCGAGACUUAGACUCCAAGGCUUGCAUUUCUAUUGGAAAUCAGAAUUUUGAGGUGAAGGCAGAUGACCUGGAGCCCAUCAUGGAGCUGGGGCGAGGUGCUUAUGGGGUGGUGGAGAAGAUGCGACAUGUGCCCAGCGGGCAGAUCAUGGCGGUGAAGCGGAUCCGAGCCACUGUAAAUAGCCAGGAGCAGAAAAGGCUACUGAUGGAUUUGGAUGUUUCUAUGAGGACAGUGGACUGUCCAUUUACUGUCACUUUCUACGGCGCACUCUUCCGAGAGGGUGAUGUUUGGAUUUGCAUGGAGCUCAUGGAUACAUCGCUAGAUAAAUUCUACAAGCAAGUUAUUGACAAGGGGCAGACAAUCCCAGAGGACAUUUUGGGAAAGAUAGCAGUAUCUAUUGUAAAAGCAUUAGAACAUUUGCACAGUAAGCUCUCUGUCAUUCAUCGAGACGUCAAGCCUUCUAAUGUACUGAUUAACACUUUGGGCCAAGUGAAGAUGUGUGAUUUUGGAAUCAGUGGCUACCUGGUCGACUCUGUUGCAAAAACAAUUGAUGCAGGUUGCAAACCAUAUAUGGCCCCUGAAAGAAUAAAUCCAGAGCUCAACCAGAAGGGAUACAGUGUGAAGUCUGACAUUUGGAGUCUAGGCAUCACCAUGAUCGAGCUGGCUAUUCUCCGGUUUCCCUAUGAUUCAUGGGGCACUCCCUUUCAGCAGCUCAAACAGGUGGUUGAAGAGCCAUCACCGCAACUCCCAGCCGACAAGUUCUCCGCAGAGUUUGUUGACUUUACCUCACAGUGCUUGAAGAAGAAUUCCAAAGAACGGCCUACCUAUCCAGAGCUUAUGCAACAUCUAUUUUUCACCUUACACGAAUCCAAAGCAACAGAUGUGGCAUCUUUUGUAAAACUGAUUCUUGGAGACUAAAAAAGCAAUGGACUAAUUGGUUGACCCUGCUGCGGAUUGGUGGGUUUACAGGGGCGAAGCAAGUUCACUAAAGCGCAAUUGAAAGUCAUCUUUGAGAUAAUUGAACCUUGCCUCUUUGAGGGUUUUUUCUCCCUAGUUUCUUUCCUUUUUUUCCCCUCGUGAGGGGACCUUGGAAUCGAUAGCAUAGGAUGAACUCUCUCUAGAUGGAUGAAAUAUGACAACGGCUUAGGACUUAAAAAAAGGUGAUUAAUUAUUUAAUGAUGUGUCAUUGUAAGUCCU